AAUGGUAGUAGAACCUCCGUGGUGGCUGCACAUGUCAGACAAUCCGUAUGUUAUCAGCUCUCGUAACUGUUCGGCCGGUAACGUCGUAACGUUGUAUCUGUCUAUCAGCGUGACAUCUUCGUAUCGUGUAACGUGAGUUCUCCGACUAUUAACAGUAAAGAAAUAACUAAGUCAAAUAAUAAGCAAUGCAGUGAUUUAGUAACGUGCAUACAGUGAUAUCUGUUUGACAAAAACACAGCGGAAAGUUUCAUCGUAUCUACUGCAGUUGUGCUCGAUCUACCAACUUGUAGCUCAGCAUCCUCUUUGAUUUUCAACGGUAGCACAUUAACGCAAAGUGGGAGUGAAUAUCGUCGCGUAUAAACUUGUGUAAUGUGCAGAAAUAGACUGAGUGAUUGUGAGAAAUAAACGGUAGCGCUGAAAAGACUAGCUUACAAUGAAUAUACGGUUCAAAAUUCUUCAGCAUCCAAAUGCAUAUUGUCUGGAAUAAGUACGGUAAACUCAAUAAGUUGCGAAACAAAUUAGCGAGAAUUACUGAAAAAUUGUGAUAAAAUCUACAGUAAAAGAGGAAAUAAGUGUUUAUUGGUUUUUACUGCAGUGUCUCGUUCAAAAUUCUAAAUUUUAUUAAGUUCCUCUGCAUGACGAUAAUAAUAAAUUAUUGUAAUAUUACAAGAAUAAGAGACUCAAAAUAAAAGAUAUCUUGAAGUACUGAAAUAUACCAGAGAGUUGUGCUGAGUGCCUUGAUCCUCAUCGAAUCUACAGCUUUUCUCAUUCCAUGGACUUGCAACUGAGUCGCAUUUAGAACAGAACUAUUGUAUUCUCAAAACUCAAAUUACUCAUUACGUAGGAUGUGACAAAACUUCCAGAUCAUAGACCAGAAAUCAUGAGAGAUAUUUUUUAAUGGAACACUUUGAGAAGAAAGAAGAACCAAUCAAAGAUCAUACACUUUCAAAAUGUGUAAUGCCGCGAUGAACAUGUUCCGAUGACGUGAGGAAUCUGUUAUUGGAUUCCUGCUGAAAAUUACUUGGACUCUUCAAACCUUUGAGAGUGUAUUAGAGUUCCAAGUUUGGGGAAAGCUAUCAGUUGAAGUACUAAAGUUUAAAGUUGUUUUAAUAGACACUUUAUUAAUGAGUAGUCAAUCAACUCAUUUCAUCUGGUUAAAUUUAACGAAUCGACUGGCUUUUUUCUAGAGCUGUGCUUCCCACUGCCCAAGAUUUCUAAGGACUCAAUAACUCAGUGCAACGAAUGAAUCUUGUGAACAUAUCGAACAAGAAGAACUAUCCAAAUGUUGGUAUAAAGAGACACAACAAGAGUGUAGAUAAUAUAUCAAGGUGCUCCAUCAGAAUUCAAAAUAAAAUGACAACCUAGUGCUCAAACCAUCUCCUUACAAACUUAUAGACUCCUAUGAUCCUCGAAACGUCCAACUGCCCAAUAACGACUAUGCCGCCCCCCAGCGGACUAUGAUGGUCCUGGAGACGGGCUGCUUGCCGCCUCCACUCAGACUCUACCUGCAGGGAGGCGGAGGCGGAGGCACCCCUGGUGGUGGCCCUCAAGGCGGGGGCGGGUUUGCGCCCUUGCCUCUCUUUCCGCACCUGGCGCGGUUCCCGGUCUUUCCGCACGGAUUUCUGCAUCCGCACCAUCCGCGGUUUGCGGACGCCCUCCUGUCCGCCGGACGUCCGACUGCCGGACAGAUUUUGUCCGUUGCGGACCAUCAUCACAGAAGGAGACAUCGGCAGUCGCCGUCCGAAUCGGACAAUGUGUCCGAAAAUGGAUCCACAAAGAAAGAUGGCGACGGUGCGGGCAGCGACGAUCUCAACUCGAGUAAACGACGGCGGUCGCGAACCAAUUUCAACAGCUGGCAGCUGGAGGAGUUGGAGAGGGCGUUCCUGGCCAGCCACUACCCCGACGUCUUCAUGAGGGAGGCACUUGCUCUCAGGCUAGAUCUCAAGGAAUCCAGAGUGGCGGUGUGGUUCCAGAACCGUAGGGCGAAGUGGCGCAAGAAGGAGCAUACUAAGAAGGGUCCCGGUCGGCCGGCACACAACGCACACCCCGUCACGUGUUCCGGCGAACCCAUUCCCGUCGAGGAGCUGCAGCGCAAGGAGAGAGAGCGACGUCACAAGAAGCUCGUCAAGAGCCUCGAACGGCAGCAGCGCAAGCUGGCAGCCAAGGGCGUCGCCGUCGACCUGGACACGCUGCGGCGCGAAUGGGAGGCACAACAGCAGGGACAUGGCAUGAAAAAGUCAGCCCUAUCAGGUAGCGGCAGUGGCGGCGGAGAAAGCUCGUCCACACGUGGCGGAAACGAUGACAGCAUGUCCUGUUGCAGUAACUCCACCACGACCACCACCAAGGACGUCGAAAUAGACGUCGUCGGGGAGUCGGAAGACACGCAACCGACCCGACACGACACCGACACAUCACCGUCACUACACCGACACGACAUUGACCCGUCGCAGAUACGACACCGCCAAGACUCCGACUUGUCACCUUCACACCACCGACAUCACACCGACACUUCACCUUCACUCCACCGACACGACACCGUUACAACACAGACGCGACACCGGCACGAAACAGACGCGUCUCAGACACUUCAUACGAGUCUGGAUUUGUCGGACAAGUCGCGAAUACGGUCGAAUCCGUUCAGUAUAGAAUCUCUCCUGUCGGGAGGGAGAAUGUCGCAGCAGGGGCAUUUGUGAACAAGUUAACAGUGUCAGAGAAAUGUGCAUUCCAAAUAAACGAGUCUUCAAGAACAAUCACGUUGAAAACUUGUGAAAUCGUGGAGAGUUUUAUAACGUUUUGUGUAUUGCCAUUUCCGAGCGACAAAUAAUUCAUAUACUCAAGAAGUAGUGAACUGUCUCACAGGAAUGUAUGGUUAUUGUGUAUCAACACUCCAAAGACAAUUAUUGUCUCUGUGAAUUCCGUGAAAGGACUCAGUAACAGUCACUCAUUGUUGUGGGGACAGAAUCGCGGAUGAAUAUUGUGUUUCUCACUCAAACUGCAACUUGGAAAAUAAAUAAAUCAAUAACUCUCUUGAGAAAACUGAUCAAUCGUGAACUGAUAUUUCGAAUGAUGCUAAUUGUUGUAAAGUAGUUGACCUUAGAGUUGAAGGACUGGCAGUUUUUUGUUAAUUGGCACUUCAUGAAUCGUGAAGAAUUGAAUAUCAGAGACUUCUUUGGUUUUCAUGUAUACAUUGUUAUCUAAAUAAUGUUUGUACAGUAGUAUAUAAUCGUCUGCUCGUUUUGAAGGAACUUGCAGUGUUUCUGGGGUUCAGAUUCAGUUUUCGUAAAUCAAUGGACACUUGAUCUCUAAUGGGCUGUUUGAUUAUCAUGAAUUGCUAUACAAAUAAAAUUCCAGUGAUAUUCAGGGAAUUUGGGCUUUCGUAAACUGACAUGAUGGAUGAGAUUCAAAAGUUAUCCAGUUCCACUAACUAUGGAAAUGGUAUUUACGAUAAUUUUCAGAUACUGUUAAUUGAAACUUCAAAACUGUUUACUCGUGCAUAGUGAUCGGAAGACAUUCAUUCAUUACUCGUCAAUAGCAGUGAAGAAACGUUUAAUACUCAUGAUUGAUAUUUCUAGAAUGAAGUUACUCUCAAUUUUCAAUCAGACAAGGACAAAUAUAUUACUUCGAAGACCAAGGUAAAAAUGGAUUUCUUGAAGAAAAUACAUUUUUUGAUUAGUACUAUUCGUAAUAGAUACAAUUUAAAUAGGAAGUUUACUCGCGUAUCACAUUUGUAAGACUGUUCAUUAGAAAUUGUAAAACGAAUAUGAUACCUUAUUAGUUUACAAAUAUCAAUUGAAUGAAUCAUAAUGAAAUCAUUAUUGGAACAGAUAUUAAAAUUUCACUAAUUUAAUUAUUUCAUGGAGAGUGGUAGAAAUUACCUUAUAAUUCAGAAAAUUUCCAAAAGACAUAGCAAACUCAAUAGUAGAGUUGAGCAUGUUGAAUUCAGUGAAUAGAAAAUGGGUUUUCACAGAUAUAGACUGUGGGAAAUAGUUGAUUUAUUGAAUAGAUAGACUGAUUGCAACAAGACAGAGAACGUGACCAAUGCUAAUUACUGUAAUCAAUUUGCUUUCAGGCACAGAAUGAUUUUCAGCUUUCAAUUAGACAAUUUUGUCAAAUCUAUGGAAAGAGCAUCUGGAAAUAUUUGAAGAUUUCAUAUAACGGAUGAAAAAUUUACCUUUCUCAAUAACUGAUAGGCCACUUGAAUAGGCAAAAUUACGUAAAGGUCUUUCAUCACCACUUUCAUUAUUCAAUAUAAAUUCAAUCCAAUUUAUGUUACUGAAUUAAUCAAAUUUUGUUUGAAAUCUUUUCACAUGAAUACAGUUCCAUUAGUAGUUUGAAUAGCCUACGCUUAUCAACUUUUUUCAAAUUCCGAUCCUGGAAUUUAUAUCUCUGGAAUAAGUUUCUCCCAUCAAGUGCAUUCCUGCAUUUGAAUUUUAUUCCAAUUCUUUGCUUAUAUUUUUAUAACACAUCUUCUUUCUAAGCUUCUACUAGUCAUUGAUAAAUCCUUGAAGUUUAUUCAUUCAAAUAUAAGAGAAGAGAAGCUUGCAAUUCAGUAUUAUUCAAAAGUAUAACGACAUGAAUAUAGCAUACUAGGUUAGAGGAGUAAAUUCGUUGUAAAUAUAGUACCUUAUUGUAUAUAGUUAUAGUGUAUCAGAUAUUUCCAUUCUGUAUAAAGUCUCCUGUGAUUAUUUUUUUAGUUGAAUGAGAUUUAAAAAGUCGCAAUGUAUUAAGGAGCAUCAUGAAUUUCAAGAAAAUCGUCACAUUGGUGAUGAGAUGUAGAUUAAAUUUGUAGUUAGUUAUAAGUUAAUGUGAUUCCUAUUUGUAGAGUUAAUUUGAUAAUAAUUUAUUGUAAUUUAAUGAUGAGAGCUAAAUUUCUGAAAUGUGUUUAGAUUAGUGUAAAUAAGUAAGACAUAUGUACGAUGUUGUAGAUAAUGAAAAUAAGUGGUAGUAUAAAAUUUUGUGAUCCAAGAUUGAAGGUAUAUAGAAAGGUUCUUGGGUGAUGAAUGGGAUAUUGGAAGCCAAUGAUUUUCUCAAUUACAAUCCUACAAUCAUUCAAUUGUUAAACUUGACAUUCUCAAACUCUCAAAUAGAACUCGCAUCAAUAAUUGAUUCAUAAUCGAAUAAAGAUCACCUGUAUUAUAUCACACGAAAAUUCACGUUAAAUAUGCCGAAAGAGGAAUACAAUACUGAAGGAUAACAUUGAUCAUGUUUCUUAAAAUAUUAUGUACGGUAAAAUAUUAUGAGUUCAUGUGAGUGAUGAAUGAACAAUGAACUAUAUGGAAGAGCAAAACAGAAUAACUCUCUGAAUAUAGGUUAUUACUACAAUGCUAGUUCAAGAAAUUUAUAAUCCAUCACAAUCUAAGUCCAUAUCUUUGAAUAAACUUCAAAUAUCAAAAUCAUAAUUUCCUCAUAUUAUUGCUACUUUUUCAAUAAUCAAGGCUUCCGAUACUCUACUUCUUAAACAUUCAUCAUAAAUGAGUAUUUCAUACAUAAAAACUAUAACCUGCAUAUCAACAAUAGUAUAACUGCAUUUUCAUAGAUUGUGUGUACAUGAAACAAUUGAAAGUUAAUAGUAUUUUCCAUUAUCAACUAUUGUGAGAACUGUAACCACUGUUAUCAAUAGAAUCGAAAUGAAUUGUAAUAGAUCACAAUAAUGUAUAAAAAGCUGACCAGUAAUUAUGUGCAUUUUAUAGUAAUUGAACCCUGUUGAAUAGUUGUGAUAGUUUGUGUUGAAAUAAUUAUUAAUUAGGAAAAAUUCACAAUGAUGAGUUAUGGGCCCUCCAUGCGUAUUGAAUAAAAUAUUUAUUGCAUUAUAAAA